GCCCAUCACUAGGCCAACAACAAUAGCAAAGAAACACAGCUUGCUUUUUCGGUCGUUCUAGAUACGGGGGAAAAAUAACGCUGAUUUCUAUAUUCACCCAUAGAAGAAGGCAAACAUGUCGCGCUCGAAAGUGUAAGCAUUUAACGUAAUGCUAUCGAUAGUGAUUAUUUAACGCGAUAUCGUAAAGCAUUUUGGCAAUUUUACCGAUCGGCGGGCGCGCGCGUCAUCUCGCUAGUGCACACACACGCACACACACCGAAGCGUUGAAGUUGGUAGCGUGCGUGUUGGUGCAGUGAAAAUAGGGUGAGCGGCCAGCGAGGUCAGUGGAGGUGCGGUAAUCGCGCGGAUAUAAUUCGCGAUCGCAACCAUUUUAGCGACGGUUUUCGGUUUUCAGCACAAACUAGCCCGUUUUCUAGGUCACCAUUACCCCCGGGGUGCGCCGGUUGGUACGUGCUGUUGUUUGGAACGCGAAUCGAAAGUCCUUGCGGAUGAUGACAUUACUAUGAGCGGGUGGUAGCGUUUGGCGAAUGUCGAACCAGCAACUGUCCGCUGCGGCUGUGCCGUGGUGAAGGAGACGGCUUCUUGGAUCGGCUGCCGAGGAAAUUGCUUUGCUGUCUAGUCCAACCGUAAGCACAGUUGUUUAUUUUUUGUUCGUUGCCGGUGUGAUUCAUCCGUGAGCGGGCUUCGACCAUGACCGGCACUGUGGAAAAGAGUGACAAAUCCUCUACGGAGAAGAAAGAAUCGGACGAAACUACCGCUUCUUCAACAACAAACUCCACUACCGCUGACAAAGGCAACAGCAACAGUAACAGCAGUACCAGCAACAACAGCAGCAACAACAAUAACAACAACGAGGAUAGUCCGAAAUCAUCCAGCUUAAGCAGUUCAACCAAAACAAAUGACCGGAAAAGCGUAAACAGCAGCAGCAGCAGCAGCAGCACGGAAGAAGGCACAAAGGGUGUCACGCAUACAGUAGUGGCGAAAUCCAUCAAGCGGCUAUCGGAUGGUACCAGCGGCAACAAUUCGUCCGUCAGCAGUAGCAGCGGCAGCAUCGCCACUAUCGUAUGUAAAACCGAAGAUCCGAACCUGCUGUCCUCCGGCAGCAAGGGUGUGCCGGGUGCCCAGACGUGCGGCUGGUGCCUGGAGGUGAAGAGUCCGCUGAACUAUGUGCUGCCAAUGCAGGGCAUCAAGAAGGAGUUCUGUUCCGAAUCGUGCAUUAUGGAGUAUCGGAAGCUAAGCAAGCGGACGUGCAUACAGUGCGGGAACGUGGUGCGGGCGAACGCCCCGAAACCCAACUUUUGCUCGACAUUCUGCUUGAAGAAGUAUCAGAAGAAACGGGCGGCCGGUCUGCUGCAGCCGACCGAAGACUUGGUAGCGAAUGGUAGCACCAACAACAAUAACAACGUUAGCAGUCAUAAUCACAAUAAUAAUAACAGUAGCAACAGCAGCACCAACACCCCUAGCAACGGAAGCUCAAACGGUGGUAGUGGUCGGCGAAGUCAGGGGGGAGGCGGCAAUUUGUCCCCGGGUCGGCCGGCGACCGAACGCUCAGCACAGCCCACAAGCCGGAUCAGUCCGGUCACCACAACGCAAACCGGUGCGUUCCAGUACGAAAGUUUCCACGUGUUUGACUGGUCGGAGUAUCUGCGGGAGUCGGGCAGCGUGCCGGCACCGGCCGAAUGCUUCAAGCAGGCGCAGAUACCGCCCAAGAACGAGUUCAAAAUCAACAUGAAGCUGGAAGCGCUGGAUCCCCGCAACAUCACCUCGACCUGCAUCGCGACCGUGGUCGGUGUGCUGGGUUCCCGUUUGCGCCUCCGGCUCGACGGGGGCGACAACAAGAACGAUUUCUGGCGACUGGUUGACUCGAACGAAAUCCACCCGAUAGGGCACUGCGAACGGUCGGGCGAGAUGCUGAAGCCGCCGCUGGGUUUCCGGCUGAACGCCAGCAGCUGGCCGACGUUUCUGUCGAAAACGCUGAACGGUGCCGUGAUGGCACCGGCCGACAUCUUCGUGCCCGAGCCGCCGACCCCGAAGUGCAAUCUGUUCCAGGUCGGGCAGAAGCUGGAAGCGGUCGACAAGAAGAACCCGCAGCUGAUCUGUUGCGCCACCGUGAACGAGGUGAAGGACGAUCAGAUUCACGUGACGUUCGAUGGGUGGCGCGGUGCGUUCGAUUACUGGUGCCGGUACGAUUCGCGCGACAUCUUCCCCGUCGGGUGGUGUGCGAGCAGCUGCCAUCCGAUGCAACCGCCCGGGCAGAAGAAUAAGCUGGACGGCAGCGGGCAUCGGUCGAAGGCGGGCCGAUCGUCGUUCGCGAUGGUGUCCGACUCGCCGGACACGAUGCAACCGGCCACGCUGGUGACGGCCCACUUCCACAGCCGGUGCAGGGGCGGUCCGCACAUCAACAGCUCGAAGCUACCGUCGAUGGUGACCGCGCCCAACCACCAAACGCUGGCGAAGCUGUGUCUGCAGGAGGUGCUGGCGGCAUCGCACGACCAUUCGCUGCUGUCGCCGCUGCUGUUCGGGCUCGAAGGGGACGUGCAUAUAGUGACGGCGGCCGGGAAGAACUUUACCGUGAAAAUACCCGCCUACAUCAAGCAGAAGGCAAACGCGGGCGUUUCGGAGUUUCUCGAAAUGCUGUGCACCUCUUGCCAGGCCUGUCCGCGGCUAAUUACGCUCGAGCCCGGGCCGGAGCAGUGCGAGGACUGUUCGCUACACUCGUUGCCGUUGAAACGAUCGAUCAAGACGGAACCGCGGGCAGCGGCUGCCGCUAGUCCACCGCCGACUGCUGCCUCCUCACCGAAAGCAUCCGCAACCGGACGGUCCAGCGCUGGCGGACACGAGCUUCGACCGGGCAAAGAACCGGCCAAGGACAGGGAUACGCAUCUGCGCAGCCCUUCGCCGAAGCGCCGGGCCGUCGCCAGCAGCAGCAGCAGCAGCGAAUCGAAGGCAGCGGGCAGAAAUGCAGAGGAACGCAGCAGAAGCCCCACCAGCAGCGGUGGAGCGACGCCACAGUCCACCAAGAAGGAGCGCAAUGAGCCAAGCUCGCCGGUGACCAGUACCGCUAGUAAAGAGACAGCCGCUACCACUACGGAAACGAUAGUCAAGAUAACAGCGAACACGAAUUCCGGCAGUAGAUCUGCAAAGCUAGAAAUGUCUCAAAAUCAACCACAACCUAGCACGACAACCGUUACGACAAUGGCCACAUCGUCUACAGUGAAUCAACACAAAUCUUCUACCGCGGCUACCACCCCAGUCAGUCAACCGGUCUCGUUGGCUAGCGUGUCCACGGUCGGUAGCAAUAGCAAACCGCUUACGACACCAACCAGCACGACUACAAUUAAGGUGGAAGUGCAGACCGGCAGUACGGUUGGCGUGGGAGCGGCACAAGCAACGGCCGCCGUUGCAGCAACCGCAACCAUGCCGGUUCCGGCAGGGCCAGCCGCUGUACCGUAUCAUCCGGCAUCGAUCGUUUCACCGCUGGUGCCGGGUGCUUGCACACUGGGCCCCGCUGCCGUCGCAAUGACCUCCGUUCCCGGGUCGUUGAUUCCAGUGGUGGCACCGGCGUCCUCUACCCCGUACCCAACGAUGGCAAAUGCGGCCCCAACCGGUCCGCACGCCUGCGCCAGCACGGGUGGCGUUGGUAUGGGUGCUUAUUUUGCGACCGCACCGCCCACCCUGGUGUCAUCAGUGCCAUCCUUUGUCCCUGCGACGCCCCAGAUGCCUCGCGGACCAACGACCGACUGGACGAUCGAGGAUGUGAUACAGUUUAUUGCCGUACAGGAUCCAUCGCUCGCGAUUCAUGCCGAGCUGUUCCGGAAGCAUGAAAUCGAUGGAAAGGCACUGCUGCUACUCAACAGCGAUAUGAUGAUGAAGUAUAUGGGCCUGAAGCUGGGACCGGCACUAAAAAUAUGCAAUCUGGUCAGUCGCGUCAAGGGCCGAAGGCACAACCUAUGUUAGCUUGUUGGAGGCGGCGGCGACGGACAGCAAGUACCUUGACCGAGCGGGAGACGCUGUAAACAGACACAAAUUAUCUCUUUCUCUCUUUGUCGCUCCCGUAGUCGGCCCCUACUUGUGUGAGAGACGAUUUGUACCUUUUUUUCAAUACCUUCUCUCAGAUUAGCCUAAACACCGCUGAUGCGCCGUGGUGUCAUGUAUAAAAUUAAAUGAUUGUUUAUUUUUCUCCCUAAGUAAGAGUACCGUUCGUUGUGGUGCUGCUAAUCGAUUGCUGAAAUCGAGAUUAUCGUCAUACCAAUGGAUCUUGUUAACGAAACAUCAAACGCUACACUUUAGCAUAGGUUGAUACAUGGCGUGUAAAGGCAUGAAGUCACACGCUUAGGUGUGGUCAUCAGAUGAUUUUUCGUUCUACUUAGUACACGCCCGUGAACCGAUUUAACCGAAAAUAGUAGCUGCAUACAGCGUCGAUGUUUCUAGGAGCAGUAUAAGACCCGUCAAUAUGAAUACGCAAAACGAUGCAUGUGUAUAUAGAACAGUUGAUAGAAACUGUAACGAUUUUUUAGUUUAGCUUUUUACUCUUAAAUCCACUGAGAAUAGAUCAAUGCAAACAAAACCAGAAAAAAAACCCCUGAGCGUACGUUUAAUGUUCAAUGCGCGAUCACAUUGGACAUAUGUCAGCUUUAUGAUCAUAUUGUUUUUGCUCAUUCCGUUCAGCGUUACAGAUGAUGCUUAUGUUGAGUUAUUGGAAAGUUUCUUUUCAACUUGUUUCUCUUUCUAGAAAUAGCCACUAAAUGGAUAUCUAUACCAAGUGUCAUUGUAACUAAUUUUCACUUUUGUCUUAGGUCGGACAUUUUAAAUUGCCUAUGAUUCAGAAAAUUAUGGCAAAGCCCAUGUGUGUUUUUAGUUUUUCAUGAACUCUACUCUAACGUAUAGAGUGCAAAAUCUCUUCCACACUGCAAUACAGAUAUAAACUAUACCUAAACAUUAAAACAUAGAACAAUGAAUAUACAGUUUGUUCCUGAAUUACGCGGUUAAUGUAUUGCGGAAGUGAACUAUUUCAUUUUACGAUCUAAAUACCUAAAUUUGAAGGUAGGUUUAUAACUACAAGAAUGAUUUCGUAUGAUUUGUUUUAGAUUAUUAGUUUAUCAUUCUUUUUUCAAUUCGUUAUGAAAAAUUCAUCUUAUUUUUAAUAGAAAGUGUAAAAUCUGAGAAAAAUUGUGCAACUACGAACUCACGUAAAUCAACAACCGCGUAACUCAGGGACAGAAUGUAGUACAAUGAUCAACUUAAAUGAAACAAUACAUCAAGAAAUAGCAAACCAAGCUGUCAAGCAUGAAUCAAACAAUACCAUCAACUAGUGUAUAAUGUAACCACACAUAUUGAAAAAUAGAACGCCGCACGGUGAUGAUCACGAACCUAGAGAUGAAGUAAUAGUAACAAAACGCAUAAACGCAACACCAUGGAUUGCAACGGUCGAAAUAUGUUCUUAUCUUUCAGCAUAGUUGCAUAGCCACCGAUACACAGACACCUAACACAUCUUGCAGAGCGAUAAGAUAGGAGAAAGCUUUGAUUCAAUUUCCACACUAAAAUUUCACAUUAAGUUGUUGCUUAGCUUAGCUCGAGCUACAUUUUUAUCUCCUCGCGAUUGGUAUUGGUUAAUCCAAACCCCCCUAUCGUGUAUGCGCUUUAAAGCGUGUUUUCAGAAUUACAAUUGCAUCCUAACCAAAGAUUCGGUAAAGCAUACCCUACAUGUAUUAAAUGAUAUGAGACCCCACUUGAUAUGAAAGACACAUUUUUGUAGUGUAACAAAUCGGACAUACAAUUAACACAUAGCUCAAACAUCAAAGGAGAUACAAGGAAUAGUGAACAAAUUAUUAAACUAUGGACCUACUAUGGACCUGCGGCAUAAAUAGCGGAUAUAGCACAGUCCACUUUAAUUAAUGAUCAUAGAAAAAAAAACAAUUCAACUAAAGCGAAAUUGACCGCUCCGGGCGUUGUGUUUUGAGCUUCGGCACACGAUCGAAUGAAACCACUGAUUCAAUGCAAAACAAAGCGAAUAGUUUUAGCGAGCGACACCCCUCCCCCCAUUCUCUUCGGUUAUUGUGUGAUAGCGUGUUGUGGGGCAUAGUUUAAAACUCCCGGUAGAAGAGUAAACAGAUAACAAUAUGCAGAAUUUGUAAAGAGAGCGGCAUUAGGUGUGCUGUUUAGCCAUAUUUGUAUUUACUUUGGGCGCGCACGAUUUUGGUUAGGAUAUGGGACAUGUUACACCUGUGUGUGCGCGUGUUUGUGUGUUUAAGAUAGGAGCAAAUGAAGAUGAUCAUCGCAAAAUGGGGAAGAUCAUAUUCAGGUGAAGAAAAAAAAAAAGGUAUAUUAAAUGAUACACCACAAACCACCACAAGCUCUUAGCACUUACGGCACACGGUUUGACACAAACGAAUGUAGGAAGAAAAGACGAAGCAUUAUGCAUUUAUGUAUGCACCAAUCGCUAUAGAUAAAGAGAGCAAGGACACCUAAACGCAACGUGUAAAAACAUUAGAGAUGAGCAGCCUUCAACAGGUUCGAGCCAUUCCCCCGUCAACACAACGCAAUCGUUCGGAACGAUGGAAACCGUUGUUUUUUAGACAUGAUUAUCUUAUUUUGACAGAUCUCACGGCUCUGUUUCAAAAGCUAGUAGCUUGAUUAAGUUGUUUUCCCAUUACGCAUGUUUUAGAACGCUACGACACAAAGUCAAUCAAAAUAUUUAUAAUUUAAAAUUUCGAGUUUCGUCAUUUCGCAUCGUGUGAUUGUUGUAGGCCAUAUAAAAAAAACUGCAGGCAAAGAAAACGAACACCAUAAAUGCUGCUCAUCCCUGCCCGGUAAACAACUUACACCUGUAAGCGAGACACACAUUUGUACUUUGUGAUAGCUGUUCUCACCACUUUCCCUCUGCCACAAAAAUAAAGAGCAAAACGUAUGAAAUCAA